CAUUUACGGGCUAUGUCAACGCGAGAGCGGUAUUAAAUAAUAAUAAAAAUAAUAGUGUGUUGUGGUAGACAGACGCGGUUUGCCUCACUGCAAAUUGCAAUGUGUGCAGUGUGGCCCCCGCAGAAAGUUGAAGAGCAGUUUGGUGGUUUUGGAGUCGAAGGAAUCUGCAGUGCAGUGCAGGGCAAUUAAUGGCGGUGGAGAAACGAAUCACGAAGAUGUUCUUCCUGACGACUGACCGCGACUGUUUACAGCGGUUUUGGGUAUAAUAAUAAUGGGCGGUAUUGGUAUUGGUGUGGGUAUCUAUAUAGUGUGGUGAGGGAGAGGAUGAUAUAUUAAUUUUUAGCUAAAAGUCAGCGCCGUCUAGUGUACACAAAGAGAAGGAACAUCUCUGUUUCUGUUUGUGGUUCUGGUUCUGGUUCUGGUCUGAGUUUCUGGUCUGACUCUGAGAGAAGCUCAGAAGCCUAUGUGUGUUGUCUGAACUAGGCAGAAAGGAAGUUUUUUUUUGAUCGGGUACACGUGAAGAUUUUGGUGUUUAUUUCUCUGGGAUAAUUUGGCGGCGGUUUUAGGUGUUGGAUUGAUGCCAAAGGUAUCGUUUUGUUGUUGGCUUGGCACUUAGGAUUUGGUUUUGGGGACGGGGGAUUUGUGUGGAUUUGUGUGAGGAGGAUUUUUGGGGUGUGGAGGAUGUGUAGCCUGUGGAAGACGAUGGAGGAGAGUGAUGAUGGAGAUCUGGAGGCGGUUGUGAGAGGGUAUAGCAGGAUGAAUCCCUACAAUUGGCAGCCUGUGUCGACGGCGGGAUUCGAUCCCGGGUUGAGCUUUAGGUCGUCUGCUGCUAUGAUGUUCCCCAAUUUGAUGACCAUGACUGCGCCGGCUUCUCCCGUGGGAAUGGAUCUACAGGAUUUGUGUAGGCCUUUUUAUGGUGAUGGAAAUGGCAGUAUGCUCAGAUCCGCUUCUUCGUGUUCUUCGUUAAUGUUCGAGAGCAUGGAAGUGAACGCCGCGUCUUCUUCAAUCUUUGCUGCUGAGUCGUCGCCGCCGCCUUCGGCAGCCGCCUCCAUCAGAAAGCUUGGCGAGAUAAAGGAGGAAAAGAGUCUGGAAAUAAGCCCUAGAGUUCCUGAGGUCCUGGGUUCGAAACCGGUUAAGGUCGAGGGGCUGAAAGAGUGCGAUGGCUCUUCGUCUUCCUUGUCUCAGGCUUUGGACAACGGCGGGACUGCUCAGCCGGUUUCCAAAGCCCAAGGGUCCAAGAGAAGGAAAUCGCAGCAAAAGAGGAUUGUGUGUGUUCCAGCGGCGGCAGGGAGUAAUCGGCCGAGCGGCGAGAGCCUUCCUUCUGAUCUGUGGGCGUGGCGAAAAUACGGGCAGAAGCCUAUUAAGGGUUCUCCGUAUCCCAGGGGUUACUACAGGUGCAGCAGCUCCAAGGGUUGCUCGGCCCGGAAACAGGUGGAAAGGAGCCGAACGGAUCCCACCAUGCUGGUCAUCACAUACACGUCAGAUCAUAAUCAUCCCUGGCCAACGCACAGAAAUGCUCUUGCAGGCUCCACCCGCCAAACCCCAUCGGAAAAGAAUGCUCCGGCCGAAUCUCGAGCACAGAAGCAAGAGAAUUCAGACACAAUCAUAAUGCCCGAGAAUAAUCCCGACGGAGAGAAUAAUACUAACAACAAUGACAGUACUACCAGUGCCUUUUCUGUUGCCGGCGGCGGGGGUUCGAUUUCUUCGGCGGACGGGGAGAAUUUGAGCAGCAGCAUGAUACAGGAUGAUCAUGACCCGGCGGCGGUGGCUGAGCUGCGAAAUCUUUUCAGGCCGGAGGAUGAUUUCUUCGCCGAGUUAGGCGAGCUGCCGGAGCCUCUCAAUAUUUUUUCCCGGCAGCAUUUUGACGAUGACAAAUCUGACGAGGAAGAAGCAGCCAGCUCAGUGGUCGACCCCUUCAAUCUAUUCAACUGGUCUUCUCUCAACCCCACUCCUUCCCCGUUUAUAGACACUAAAACAGCUAUGUGAUGUACUGUAAUCAUGACGCCAUGAAUCAUGAUCAUCGCAAAACAACAGCUCUAUUUAAUUGCAUAUCUGUUCUUUCUUUUCUUUCUUUCUCUUCUUCUUCUUCUUCUUCUUCCUUUAGUACUUGUAUACGAAUCCAAUGCAAUGAGACAUCGUAUUUUUAAAUACCAGGCGGGUCGAAGAAACGCCCAUUUAAAAAAAAACAACCGUCUCCAGCGGGACUUUUGUAUCUCACUGGUCGCGGUUUCGAUUCGCAAUGCAUUGCAUUUCGUAUGCGUAUUAUAUGUGUACACUGUCACAGAGAAGCCUUUGCCGCUUCCUAAUGUUUCGAGCAAAAUGUGUAUACUUUCUCGAGCGA